AUGCUCUCUUUCGGAAAUAGGUCAUCAUUAUUGGCGUGUAACACACUCAUCAAGCGUGUUGGAGUGUAUCGAUUCAGUCGUGGUGGUGAUGCUGGCCAUCAUCAGACAUCCUCAUUGAUUUUAAGUAAUGGUUCGUGUACCUUUCGUAGACAUUAUUCAAUCCCUACCUCUUCAACAUCCACAGAACUGAAUUCAUUCUUGGAUACGCUUUUCAAGAAAAAGAAGACCAACACCUCCUUUUUCUCUGAUUUACUAGCUGUGGAGGAUGACUCGGGUCACUCCUCAAAUUGGACCUUAACUCAGAAUGGAUCAUUGGCGUAUAAAUCCUCAGGAAGUGCGUUGGUUGAUUUUUUCUACAAGUCUGUGGAAGGAAUUUCACAACGUGGAAUUCAUCAGUUACUUUCCGAAUCUUGGCAAGAAGAUCCAACAAGAACAUUGAAAGUCAUAUUCUUUAUUUUGGACAUCCGUCAGGGAAAGGGAGAAAAGAAGAUAUUCUAUGAGUGUCAACGAUGGCUUGCAUUGCAUCAUCCUAAAACGUUCCUUGCCAAUCUCAAGUUUAUUUCGAAAUUUGGAUAUUGGAAAGAUUUGUUGAACUUGCUAUCGUACAUUCGAUACGGUGGUUAUGAAAUGGAUGAACGACCACGUUGGUUUCAAAGGCAACAGAAUCAUUUGUCAAGACUUCCGUCCGUGUUUGGCUUGAAACAAUUUCUCAGAUAUCUAAAACGUUGUUCUUACAACAAGACUGAAGAUAAGGAUCACAUAUCUGAGGAAUUGACAGAAAUGGAUAUUCUGCGGCACAUGAAAAACAUCUCAGAAAGUCGUGAGCUUAUGGAAUUUUCUGCUCAAGAAAAGAUCAUUCUUCGACAAAGUUAUCUGCAAGCACGUGAAAUUAUUGUCGAUCUCUAUGUCGACCAAUUAAGGAAGGACAAAGAAUACAUGAUUAAGAAGAGUCAAGCACAACCCUCACAACCCGUUGGUAUUCAUUCUCUUUGUGCCAAGUGGGCUCCAUCGAUUGGAAGAUCAGCAGACAAACUAUUAGAUGGAAUUGGUCUUGACAUUGCUAAGAAAUUAUUCCCAUUGGACGAGCAAGUGUAUGAAUAUUUAGCAAAAAUCAAAUACCAGAAAGAGUACUUGGCACCAUUGAGAGCUGCUACUCCUGUGAUUGAAACUUUCAUGGCAGCAAAAAGAUGGAGUGAAAUUCCUUACCAAAGAGUUCCAUCAGUAUGCAUGCACAGAAACAAGAAAUUAUUUAUGCGUAGAGAUUUGGAACGAUUUUCUGAAUUUUUAGGAAAAGUAGUGAAAGGAGAACAAAAGAUUUCUGGAAAGGUUCUCUUUCCUCAUCAAAUUGUGGAAAAUUUGAUGGUUGAAAAAGAUAAGAAUGCUAUUUUGACUCUAGAAUUACAAUGGAAGACCUUAGUUGAAAAUACCGAACACAAGGAAACUUUGAGCUAG